UCUCGAGACUCUUGCCUUUAAAAAAACAAAAAAGUUGCCCUUGGUGACCUGCAGACUUCCCGCGUUUCAGUUGCUACGCCCAAGCCCGCCAUUAAAGCAUCAAAUGAGAAACCCUUCGCGCAAUCUAGCUCGAACGUCAAACCCUCCUCUAGAAAACUCUUCAAUUCGAUAAAAAUUUUAUCCAAAUUCGCAGACCCGAUUACGCAAGAUGCCCAAAGCUGAUGUUUCCGGCUCGGACACUGAAGAAAAGGAGUCAAAUUCGAGCUCAGACGAGCUCGAAAACCCAAUCGGCGGAGGGAGCCAGAAGAUGACGGAGUACGAGAAGCAGAGGAUGAAGAGGAUCGAAGAGAACAGAGCGAGAAUGGAGGCCUUGGGGCUUCCUAAAUUGGGGUCUUCUUUAAUGGGUUCGGCCCGGAAUACGAAGACGAAGAGGGAGCGGAAUACGAAGACGAAGAGGGAGCCGAAGGGAAAGGCUAAAGUAACGGAGGAAGAAGAUGAAGAAUAUAGGCCUCCGGCGGGAGAAGAUGCAAUGAGUUCGUCGAGUGACGAUGAGGAAGAGACUUCUGGCUCUCGAACAAGCAAGGUGAAAAAAAAGCAUUCAAGGACCAAGAAGAAAAUACCUAUUCAGAAGCUCAUGAGCAAAUCAGAUUUUGUUGAUGAUGAUGAGGCUUUAAUGCAAGCAAUUGCUCUCUCUUUAAAAGAUUUUGCUGAGUGUUCAGAUUUGGGGCACAGCAAGCUUUCUCAAAGCGUUGAUGCAUGUUUAAAUGGUGUUCUGAAUAAUGAAAGAAGGGGAAAUGCUCUCAUUCAGGAAGGCACAACAAAGAGGAAGAGAAAAAAAAUGCAGGUCAGUAGUCGAGUGCAAAUGACUGAAGAUGAGCUGGUUGUACACUUCUUCCAGUUUGAUGGGUUAGGCUGGAUGUCAAGCAAGCAUCGUGUGUGACCCUUGCUAAGCCUGUUUGGCAAGCCUGCCAAGCACCAGAACAGUCUAGGACCUGCACAAGCACACAUUCCUGUUGGAUUUACCACACAAUUAAAUUGAAAGAGAACAGGUUUACAAAUUUUGAUGAGAAGAGAGAAGAAAGUAGCAGAACUUGGUUGAGGGGAUUUUAAGCAUUUCAUCCUCUCUAUAAUGGCAUUUUGAGCCAUCUUACAUAUGAUAGAAGGAAAAAUUAUCUCGCUUGAGAUCCAAAUGGCUCUUAAAGAUACAC